AAAUAUUAUCCAUGAGUAAUCAAUCCCAAAUAGCAACUUGUCCAUUUGUAUGCUAAUGAAUUAAUGACAUUCUUAAAAUGCUGAAUAUUUUAUUAAAUGUUGAAUCACAACUAUCUUGUCAAAAAAUUAAAGAAAUUAAAUAUGAGAUUACACAACUGAUCUUGUAAAAAGAAAAAAGAAAUUAAAGAAUGUGAAAAAAAACAAAUGACUGCUCAUGCAAUAUCGGAUAUUGUUGUAACUAUCCAUAGAUUUAGUAGCAAAACCAAAUCUUCUUGAAUCUUCCUUCACCUAUAUUUAGGGUAACCUAUUUGUAUUAAUUUAAACUGUGAAAGUUUUAUUUUUGACUAAAUUUAGACUGAACAAGUUACACUAAACGUGUAAAUGGAUGUGUUCUUUCAACCAACAAAAGGAAGGCCAUUUGCAAUUGAAGUUGGCUAUUUUGACACUAUUUUAGAGAUCAAAGACAAAAUCCAAAGAGAUCAAGGUAUUCCUAUUCCAAAACAAACCUUAAUCUUCAAAGGUAAUGUCCUAGACGACCACCUGAAUGUUCAUUAUUCUGACAUCCUCGACCGUUCUCAUAUUCAACUCGUCGUAGAAUCCGAACCUGACAAGAAUAAUGGGAUCAAGGAGGAACAGGCAUUGUCUCCUACGAGGAAAAUUCAACUGCUCCUCAAAAUGCCAACAUCCAAAAUAAGUGUCACCUUAGAGGUAGACGUUACGGAUAGUGUUAGAAGGGUAAAAGAGAGAAUUCACGAGAUGGAAGGUGUGCAUGUGAGUAAAUUAGUCAUGCAUGCAAAUGGAAUCGAAUUGAUUGAUCAUCAGAGCCUUCAAGAUUAUGGACUUUCAGAUAAUUCUGAAAUUAAUGUUAGUGUUAGGCCUAGUAUUAUUGCAUCUGCAGCAACAACAACAACAACAACUUCUUCGGGAUCAUCAGUGAAUAAUAAUGGGAACGGACCGAAGAAAUUAAGGAUUAUGGUUUUGUCGAAAUGUGGUACGAAGAAAAUUCCGAUCGAAGUUAAUCCGUCAGACAAUGUGGGAUACUUGAAGAAAGAGUUGCAAAAAUUGAACCAAAAAUUGGAAUUAGAGCUUCCACAAGAAGGGUAUUUUUUUAUUUAUAAACAAAAUGUGAUGGAUGAUGAUCGUUCAUUUAGAUGGCAUCAUGUUUGUCAAGGUGACACUAUUGAGAUUUUUAAUGGUAGUGUCACAGGUGGAGCUUAAUUUUCUUUUCUUUUUUUCUUGUA